UUCAUGCUUUCUUUCCCAUGUUCUCUCCUUUUCCCACAUAUCCAAACUUCAUUACAUUAGGAAGAUGAUAAAUGGCAUAUUUAGUAUUUGUUGGGACAUAAUUAGUUAAAUUUAAAUAUAAAAUAUGUAAAUUAUAUCAUUUUAAAUGCUAUUUAUCUAAAUCCUAAAAAUAUUGGCACAAUAUUACGAAGAAAGAUGGGCGUAACUCACCGGAGGUGACAACAUGUUCACAACCGUCCAGAAUUUUUUAUUUUUUUUAUAUGUUCACAACCGUCCAGAUAUGCUCCAUCGUAUCCCGAAAGCCUUCGCCGUUUCGUGCCGAGGAAGAAAAGAUUCAGCGAAGCGAGGAAACGCGCCCCUGCUGAUGGACCCAACGCCCCCAAUCACCGCCUGUUGUCAAUAAAAAACAAGGAUUAUCGCAUUCAUCUCGUUAACGCCCGCCGGCCGCCGGCUCUCUCACUCUCUCUGUCUCUGUCUCUGUUGAGGUUAUAAGUUGGGCCCUCUUCCUUCCAAGUUCGCAACUUUUAUUUCAUUGUGAUGAAGCCAACACAUUAUUUUGGUCUUCUGCUCAUCCUCUGUUUGUCUUUCUAUACAACGACCCUUGGCUUUUCGUGGCCCUUCUCUUCGUCUCCUCAUCCCCCACCCCGCGCGAAUAAACAACUCGGCGAGGGUUUUAUUGAAAAAGAAACGAAAGGAAGUUUCUCCAUAGGCAGCCAUGAUGAUGCCAAGGCUACGAAGCUUUUGGAGAAAGCAAGGAGGAAGCUUGCAACGCCAAACAGUUGCUGGCACAGAGCUUACAACCAGCUCUUCUCUAGCUGUGCGGAGAUAAUCUCCAGUAACGAGAAACAAGAAAAGCUGGCAUGGAUGCUCAGUGACUGUUUCCAAUUGGAUUCUGGGAGACAAGGAUUCCCGUCCUGCAAUGACGCCGGGCCGAUGAUGAAAUGCCUUAAGAAACUAGAUGAUGCAGAGCACAAAGUAUUUCUUGAGUUCUAUCUCGAAACCAACUCCAUCUGCCACCAAUUACAAAACGAUGCAUUCCGGCACAAUACGGAGAGAUUGGUCAAUGACUUGGUGAAGUCUGCUCGAUCAGUAGAGGAUAAAUUGGAUGUAAUUGAAGAAAGAUCAGAAGAGUUGUUGCAGGAUUCCAUCAAGAUACAUGAUUCCUUGACUUCGGUGGAGUUUCAGACCCGGAAUUUGGCAGAUGCUUCAAGGGAUGUGGAGGCUCAAAUUCGUGAUGUUCUGAAUAACUCUGAGGCGAUUUUUGAACAAUCAAAGGAGAUUUCAGCAUCCCAAUUGGACCUCAGGGAUCGACAAGAAGAGAUGAAAGAGAGGAUCGAGUCAGGGAUGACUUUGCUUCAGGAAUCCUACAAGAACUUGGGAGAUGAUAUGAAGAAACUAAAGAGUGACGCUUCAGAGAUUGACAGGGAAAUAAGAAAGGUCGGGGAUUCCAUGACUUCCAGCAUGCAAAAUCUUCAAAGUACUGCGGAUGAUAUCGGUAGUGUUGCGGGAUUGUCAUUGGAGAAACAAAAGAAGUUGCUUGACGGGCAAGCAGCAGCUCUGGCAGGUUUGGAUUUCCUCACAACAUUUCAAUCUAGAGCUCUUGAAGAAAGCCGGGAUAAUCUCAAAAAAUUAGCAGAGUUUGGACACAAGCAGCAGGAGGAGCUACUGAGAAGGCAAGAUCAGAUUCAACAGGCUCAUGACCGACUCAUCCAAAAUUCACAGUCCAUACUCUCCGCCCAGGAAGAGUUUGAAAUGAAACAAGCAAAUAUUUUUACAGCCUUGGAAAAGCUCUUUUUGCUCCAGAAUGCCCUGCUAACUGAAUCUCGCUUCAUUAAAGCAUUCUUCUUUUACUCGUGUGUGAUCUUUCUCCUUUAUAUGCUAACCAGUGCGAAGCAGACCUUCGGCAUCAGAGCUCGUCUCUACUUAGGACUUUGCAUCACAUUUGUAGUUGAAAUUGCUAUUAUUAGAUAUAGUUCUAUCAACUCCAAUCAACAAAGUUGGGUAAUGUCGAAAGUGUGGAUGACAAGAUCAUCAUUUCUAGUUGUUGCGUCCACUCUUAUUCUUCAUUCCAUCUUUACUUUCAGAGAUUAUGAGAUUUUAAACUAUCAAUUGCUACAAAUUUUACUCCAAAAGGUUCACGUCAUGGAGCAAAACUCAGGGCAUAAGUACUUGUGCGUUGAUGACGAGAGCGAAACAAGUUGGAGUGGAUAUUCAUGGAUUGAUGAGGAAUUGCCCGAAGAUGUGGACAUGGAUGUUGAUCCUAAUUAUGCUUUGCCAGAAGAAGUUGCUGAGAAUUCCAUCAUGACUACGAGCUCUGCAUGCAGAAAAUACAAUCUUCGUCCACGGAGUAGAUGGUAAACCAUUGACAAUAUGGAUUUCAACAGAAGCUUAGAGCUUACAACAUAAUAUGAUGCAGUAGCUAUAUAUCAUUCGUUUUGUUCUGAGGUUGUCAUAAGUUUUAAGCUGUAAUAUCUCAACUCUUUUUAUUUAGUUCUUGUAGCUUGCUUUGAUAUGAUUCAAAGCCUGAAAUAUGAUGUGAUUAACACCUAAUUUAAUAAAUUUGACUUACUUGUUUUGUGUUU